AUGGCUCCGAAAGAGACAGCGAAAAAGGGUGCACUGACACUGGAGAAACUGGCACUAUACGACGACAUAUUGACGGAUGCGCUCGUCGACAAGGUGUACUACUGGACCGCAAUCAGGAAGAACCGCGGCGGCCGCUUCUCCGGAUCAAGAGGGUUGAACGAGGAGGAAAUCGCAAACAUUCUACGCGAACAUGUUGUUGUUGAGAAGAACUCCGCUGAGGCUAUGCAGCGCCUGGUACAGCUGCCUGGUCUGAAGAAGUUUCUUGCGACGUUGAAGGAUGAGGCAGACAGAGAGCACUUCAAGAGACACUUGCGCAGAUAUGUCUCUAUAUACAUGCCGGACUGUCCUUUCGAAGUCACGACGACGAACCGCUAUACCAUCACAGAACACGAGGCAUCUAUAACCGCGCGCCGAGAUAUCCAGCCUCGGGAAGAGAUCAAGUACCUCACAGGAGUGCAGGUUGCUAUGACCGAGGAGCAAGAGAAGAACCUAGAACUGGCGCGGAAGGACUUCAGCCUCGUAAUCUCAGCGCGAAAGAAGACACGCUCCCUAUUUCUCGGACCUGCGCGUUUCGCCAACCAUGACUGCGACGCGAACGCUAAACUAUCGACUAAAGGCUACGAUGGCAUGCAGAUUGUUGCCGUCAAGCCCAUCAAGGAAGGCGAAGAAAUUACAGUAUCAUAUGGCGAGGAUUAUUUCGGCGUAGACAACGAGGAGUGCUUGUGCCACAGCUGUGAAGAUCGAAUGGUGAAUGGAUGGGCACCCUUUAGACCGGCCGAAGAUAGCAGCGAAGACGAAGACGAAGACGAAGACGAAGACGGAGAUGACGAUCAAGAGGGAGAGAGAGCGGGAUACUUGUCCCCUGAAAAGGAAGCAACUCCUUCACGCCGACGGAAGCGCAAGCACGAAGAGUCCAACGACGCUACUGACCGCGAGAGAACCACCUGCUCCAAGCGUCGGAAGUCGGAAUCCAAGACGAAAUCGCUAUCCCUUGUACGGCGAAAAGUAUGCGCACAUGCAACAACACAAAAAUUAAACCUGAAGAAGUCUGCUAGCACUUCUUGUCUACGACACGAGCUACCCAUUUCCAGCAUCGAAGAUCCAGCUGCCAAUCUUCCAUCAACGUCACGAAAUCUUCGCACUCAGCAGCGCGACGGCCUCUUGAACAUUGUUCAAGACGAUGAUUCUUCUUCCCGGAACACAACACCCCAGUCCCCAACAGAAGCUGCAUCACCAAAGUCAACGCAGUCUACCGAUGCAACUUCCGUAGACGAAGACCCGCCCACGACCGGGCUAAACAAUCCGAAGAUCAAAGUGGAUCCUGGAAUCAUACACGAACAGCCAACUCUGGGUGUAGCCACGAUGAAAGACGAAGUUACAAUGGUAAAUGCUCCUUGGUCCUCACUCUUCGCCGACGAUACCUCGUCUGAGCUGAGUGACCUUUCUGACAGUUUGGAUCUUGACGACGUGCUACAGCGAAUCGUCAAGCGGAAGCGCCCGAAGCUACCUUUAUUACCCCGUAAUACCAGAUCAAGCUCGCGCAACGUGAUACACAAUCGUGUCGGCACACCGAUCCUAGACCAAGAGCCUGAGGAGGGUAUGGUAGAGAACCCAAGGAAGCCAGGCGACUACAUGACUUCGAAGUCCCGCUUGUCGGGUAAGGACAGCAAGUGGGCCGAAUGCCAGACAUGCGACGACCAGUUUGUGCAAGAGGACAGUCACCGCGGAACGCGUAAGGAGUGUCCGCGAUGCGAGCGUCACUCAAAGUUGUACGGCUAUCCCUGGCCUAAGACGGACAGGGAAGGAAAACACGAUACCGAAGAGCGCGUUCUCGACCACCGGACUAUUCAUCGCUUCGUCGACCCUGAGGAAGAGAAAGAGAUCAAGAAGGAGAAGCCGAAGCGCAAGUUUAGAGAGGAGAUCAUGGAGCGGUUCUCGACCCCGCGGUCUGGUCGCGACUCAUCGAUGAGCAUGGAAGUCGAGAGUGGUCGGAAGAAGAGAAGAACAAGGUUUACUAUGUAA